AUGUGGCGUGACUCGUUCAGAUUGCAAAUGUUCUGCCUGCUUAUGGCAGUUCUGGCUAUUGUGGUGCUGGUCCAUAAUUUUUUUCAGUUAGAGCACCUGGAUGAUGACACAGUUUCAGGACCAAACUGGAUAACAGAAAACAACCUCCAGCAUUCUCUGUCACAGACAGCCAAAACUACCAGGAAGCCUUACUGUGGUUAUAAGCAGCAGAUUUUGUCCAAAAGAGAGCAAGCGGAACAGGAAUCGUUACUCGCUGCACUGCAAUGGCCAAAACCCUUGGAUGGCAAAGUUGCCUUUGUACAAAGCACUGAUCCUGCACGUAGUGACUUUGUGAUUGUGAAACCCAGUGGGUUCCUCAAGGUGGGUGAUCAGUUAGAGGUGCUUGUUCGUAUGAAGGAUUUCCAAGGAAAACCCAAGCAGCACGGUGGAGACUAUCUGCAGGCACGGAUUCACUCUCCUCUGAUGAAAGCUGGAGCAACAGGAAGGACUGUAGAUUGCCAUAACGGCCUUUACAAAGUCUUCUUUACCUUGCUGUGGCCGGGAGAGGUCAAAGUUUCUGUGUCCCUUGUCCAUCCGAGUGAAGCAAUCCAGGUCCUCCUGCGUUUACGAGAAGAGAGGCCAGACAGGGUCUAUUUCAAAAGCUCAUUCAAGUCUGGGAGAUAUUCAGAAACUACUGAGUGCAAUGUUUGCUUGCCUGGAGAUCUCCCGGUCUGUAACUUCACAGAUCUCUACACGGGUGAGCCAUGGUUCUGUUAUAAGCCUCGGAAACUGUCCUGUGCCAGCCGAAUCAGCCAUGCCAAGGGUGGAUAUCAAAAAGGUCUUCUGACCCAAGAGGAAAGCCUCUUUUUCCAAAGUGAUGUGAAUAUCAAAAGGCCGAUAUUCUCCAGUGGACCUGAUUCAGUGAUUGUAAAGCCCAAAGCAUUUACAGAUUCAGGCAGUAUGGACAGAGCUGAAGAUCCCACGGUUUCCCCUUCUGGUUAUUAUUAUGAAGAUCAGUGGAGGUCCAGAACACACUGGAUCCAUCAUUUUAACAACUCGGAUGAUAUAACCAAGUGUUUACAAGGAAAAGUUAUUCACUUGUUUGGAGACUCUACAAUAAGGCAGUGGUUUGAAUAUUUGACAGCAUUUGUUCCAGAUCUAGUGGAAUUUAACCUGGGGAGUCCUAAGAACGUGGGGCCUUUCAUGUCUGUGGAUCUGAAGCACAACAUCCUACUGAAGUUCCGCUGUCACGGGCCACCCAUUCGCUUUUCAACAGUCUUUAGCAGUGAACUGCGCUACAUUGCCAACGAGCUGAACGGCAUAGUGGGUGGGAGAAAUACGGUGAUAGCCAUAACUAUAUGGUCCCACUUCAGCACUUUCCCUGUGGAAGUUUAUAUCCGUCGGCUGAGGAACAUUCGGAGAUCAAUUAUUCAACUGCUGGAUCGCAGCCCUAAAACUUUAAUCGUCAUCAGAACCGCUAAUGUUCAGGAGCUUGGGCCGGAAGUGAGCCUCUUCAACAGUGACUGGUAUUCCUUUCAGCUUGAUUCUGUCAUGAGGAAAAUGUUCUCAGGAAUUGCUGUGCACUUUGUGGAUGCCUGGGAGAUGUCUCUGGCUCAUUACCUGCCACAUAACUUGCACCCACAAGAAGUCAUCGUUAAGAAUCAAAUAGAUGUAUUUUUAUCUUACGUGUGCCCUCUGCAAACUUAG